CCCCUCCCCCUCGCGCGGCGUCGCGGUGGGCGCGCCCGGAGCCGCCCGCCGGGCCGGGGCGGGCGCUGUGGCGGGCUCGCAGCGAUGGCGGCGGCCGAGGUGGCGCGGCAGGGUGAAGGCUGUCGUACUGUCCCGCUUUCUGGACAUGUAGGAUUUGACAGUUUGCCUGACCAGCUGGUUAAUAAAUCAGUUAAUCAUGGGUUUUGUUUCAACAUCCUGUGUGUGGGGGAAACUGGCCUUGGUAAAUCCACCCUCAUGGACACGCUUUUCAACACCAAGUUUGAAGGUGACCCAGCAUCUCACUCACAGCCCGGGGUCCAGCUGAAAUCCAAUACCUAUGACCUGCAGGAGAGCAACGUCAACCUCAAACUGACUAUUGUGAGCACAGUAGGCUUUGGGGAUCAGAUCAACAAAGAGGACAGCUAUAAGCCCAUCGUUGAGUUCAUUGAUGCUCAGUUUGAAGCCUACCUGCAAGAAGAACUGAAGAUAAAAAGGGUCUUGCACAAUUACCAUGACACCCGGAUCCACGCUUGCUUGUACUUCAUUGCUCCGACAGGCCACUCGCUGAAAUCCCUGGACUUGGUAACAAUGAAGAAGCUUGACAGCAAGGUGAACAUCAUUCCCAUAAUUGCCAAAUCUGAUGCCAUUUCCAAGAGUGAGCUGACCAAAUUUAAAAUCAAAAUCACAAGUGAACUGGUCAGUAACGGGGUUCAGAUCUACCAGUUCCCAACAGACGAUGAAUCCGUGGCGGAGAUAAAUGGGACAAUGAACGCCCACUUGCCGUUUGCAGUGAUCGGGAGCACGGAGGAACUGAAAAUAGGAAACAAAAUGAUGAAAGCUCGUCAGUACCCCUGGGGCACAGUGCAGGUGGAGAAUGAAGCUCACUGUGACUUUGUGAAGCUGCGGGAGAUGCUGAUCCGCGUGAACAUGGAAGACCUUCGCGAACAGACCCACACGCGCCACUAUGAGUUGUACCGGCGAUGUAAACUGGAAGAGAUGGGUUUCAAGGACACCGAUCCAGACAGCAAACCCUUCAGCUUACAAGAAACUUACGAAGCCAAAAGAAAUGAGUUUCUGGGGGAACUGCAGAAAAAGGAAGAGGCAAUGAGGCAAAUGUUUGUCCAGAGGGUCAAGGAAAAAGAAGCGGAGCUGAAGGAGGCUGAAAAAGAGCUGCAUGAAAAGUUUGAUCGCCUGAAGAAGUUACAUCAGGAUGAAAAAAAGAAGCUAGAGGAUAAGAAGAAGUCUCUGGAUGAUGAAGUAAAUGCAUUUAAACAAAGGAAGACAGCAGCUGAAUUGCUCCAAUCUCAGGCUCAGCAGGCUGGAGGAUCGCAAACUCUUAAAAGAGAUAAGGAAAGAAAAAAACUUGCUUGUUGUGACCCUGAUCCUUCAGUCGCACCGUGUGCAGGCUAAGUUCUCUGUAUGUGGGUGAAUCCACAUGUCCUGACCCUGCUGAAAGGUCAGGAUGCAUGCUGCCAAAUAGUUUCAACAAAAACCCUUCCAAUCCUGGGUUUUUGGAAGAUAAGCACGCCUCAGACCUAGCCAUGAUAGGUAAUGCUGUUUUUAGUGCGAGCUGCUGCUGAGAAUUUUACUCGAAAGGUAGCCUGCAUGAUGCUAAAGCCUCACGAACAGUUUCUGCAUACAACAUGUUGGUCUGGCUCGCUGCUUGCAGCAGCAGCAAACCUUAUGCAGUAACUCAGAUCAGACGACAGUCUGGCCUCCAUUUCCGGCAAUCAAAGCAGUUAAAACUCUUGAUUGCAAUGUAUUUUCUCAGGUAUUCUGUUUCACCAUAAAUAUAAUUUUAUUUCCCAUAAAAGUCUUUUGACUGUUUUGUGGUUUGUUUUGUUGGUUUUUUUUUUUAAGCAAGUUAAAAUAAUUUGAGUAUUUACCUCUUCCUCUACUGUCGAAUGUCGGCCUGCUCCCCAAACCAGUCAGUAUCGGUCUGUCAGUGAUUUCCAGAUUAUCUGCUAAAAGAACUAUUUAAUGUGGCUUUUUUUUUUUUUUAACUAUACUGCAGGUCACUGGCUGUUCUUCCUUACCAUUUGCCUUAUUAGAAUGUUAUUUAAAGUUAUGUAGAGUCUUUUUAAAGACUUAAAAAAGGUUUUUACUUGUGUGAUUUCCUUGAAGUACUUGAGGUACCACGAGGUUCCAUCUCUCCUCUGUCAGCUGUUUUCACGUUGCAUCUCUUUUUCCUGCUUUUUGAAUGUCUUUCUCUUUUUUGCUAAUCUUCUGUUUUUUUCUCUUUUUUUCCCUUUUCUCUCUCUGUAGCUUUUUUUAAUCUGUCUUCGCCAGCUGCACUGGGUCUGAGGGAGAAGACUGCCACUCCUAGAAGAGUUUAAGGGUCUUAUGUCUGGGGAGGGGGGGAACAAAUCUUCAGUGUUAGUGUCUUGGAAAGAAGCUCUUUUACUGACUUGCAUGGUACCUAAAAUUGAAGUGUCUUGUGAUUUGUGUGACAAGACAGGGUAAUACGGGGGAACUGAUUGUUUACCUGGAAUUUUGAAGAGCAACAGACAUGUGAUGUUUGGACUAACGAUGUAGCGAAUACAUUUUCAAACAUUGUUAUGGGCGUAUUUUUUUUCUAAUUUGGUCUUUAAUAAUAUAAAUGUCAUGGGCUUCCAUGAGGUGUGAAGCCUAAGGAAUAUUUUCAGUAUGCUGCUGUUUGGUUGGUUUUGGAAACCGUGCAUUCAGAGUCAAAGGAAAUACAAACAUGGUGCAAUUUGCUCUGUUGGCAGCCACGAAAUAUUUAAUUUUAACAAAGAAAUAAAGUAAGAAGAACUGUGUGUUUUCACUGGUGUCCUCCUGUGUCCCCCCACCUUAUUAAACAAGCUCCAUCGGCUGGUGGAUGUGGGUCGAGUGGUACUUUUUUUUUCUUCCCAACUAAACCUCCUCUUGUUCUUUAAAGUUAGAAAAAAGUCAGCGGUGUCAGGAGGGGGAGGUGAUGCUGAUAGCUGGUGUAACAAUAACAACAGUGAUCCACGCAGACUCCCCGUGAGUAGGGUGCAGUGUCCUUAGAGCGUGCUGGAGCCAGCCCUUGCACUUCUCACUUCUCCGUCCUGCCCUGGUCCGCUCACUGCAUGCUUUUCCGAGCUCCAAUCUUCUCUCCCCAUUCCCGGUUUUGUUUCCUUUUUACACAUGGAAGUGCGCGAGAACUGCACCGAGUUACGUAUUCACGCGACAAACGUUGAAGAACCGGCGCUGUUUAGCUUGAUACCUUUCUAACUUUAAUGUAAAUUUUAAAUAAAAAAAAUACGAAAGCC